AUGGGAAAACGUAAUUUCACACAGGCUCUUGAUGGUUACGCCAAGUUAAUGAGUUGGAAGUUUCCGGGAGACGGUUCGUGUCUAUUUUCCACAAAAUUUAUCCAGUCUUCUUUCUACAAAACCUCAGUGGAGCUGAAUGACAUUGCCCCUUAUCUUAACUUUGGUGUAACCAUCCCUCCGUAUGAUGACGAACAAAAAGUAGAAGCCAUGGUCAAUGCGAUGGAUAACAUGAACGUGAACUUUUACAAUUAUUCCAAUACAUUUGUCGCAGUGACAGAUUUAUGGAAGUGCUAUGAAAUUGACCUCCCGACACUGGACACAGUAAGGCUGAUUAACGCGAAGAUUCCGACCUCAAAUCAUUCCAAAACUGACGAUGUCAUAAGUCUAUUGUCGUCUGCCCACCCACUUCAGGAAUAUGGAAAGCCAGGAGUGUAUAUUGAUUAUCUAGGUGGAGCUGGAAUGAUUCCGGGCGUCGUCCAGGACAAAAUUACCGUUAUCAGGACCAAAGGCGCCGAGGAUCACGAGGUUAUUGCUGAAUGGCGUCUAGAUUCUGCACCGUACAUGCAUUCGUUUGCAGUAACGGAAAAUCAUGUGAUAUUCAUCGGGCAUCCCUACUAUCAAAAUUUCAUGACAAUGGCGGAAAAUGGAUAUGCUGCAGCUGGGAUGGAAUGGAAGGCUGAAGAAAAGGCAAAAGUCUACGUUGUUAAUAUUCCGACUGGAAAGGUAGAAACCUUUGAGACUGACACAGUUUUCGCUUUGCAUCAUGCCAAUGCUUAUGAAGUAGGCAGUAAAUUAACGGUCGAUAUUCCCGUUCAACCUAAUCCGUAUUUCUUUAAGAAAUUAAACUUCCCAUCUGUAUUAAACGCAACCGAGAGGAAGUCAAUGACUCUCAUAUCCAAACUAAGAAGAUAUACAAUAAACAUGGAUAACAAAACCAUUACACAUUACGAUUACCCGGACGCGAUGAAUAUGGAACUUCCAAGCAUCAACGAAAACUACAGAUCAAGGCCGUAUUGCUUUGUAUACGGUGUCAUAUUCAACUGGAAUGGUGAAGGUUUUAGCCACACGGGAAUCGUAAAAAAGGACGUAUGCGGGAAGACUGAAACCAAAAUGUUCCAAAUUCCUCAUCAUUACCCGACUGAAGUAUGGUUUCUGCCUGCGCCUGAAGCGAAAUCGGAAGAUGAUGGCGUGCUGCUUUUAGUAGUUUUGGAUGGUGAGCGAGAGUUGUCCUAUCUUGGAAUUGUAGAUCCGAAGACAAUGACAUUGAUCAACAAGGCAUAUCUGCCCACUACGAUUCCAUUCAACUACCAUGGCAGGUUCUUUCCGGGAUUGUGGUAA